GAUGAAGGGCACUGAAAAAUUUUCGGGCAUGCUUUGGACUAUAGGCAUGCUCACCAUAUCUCAAAUUAGAAGUCGUCCUAUAAAUCGAGCAGUUAGAGGCCAAGUACCUCAAAAUGUCGAUAUUCCUGUGAAUUCAUCUUAUGAUAAUCUUAGUGCUGAGCAAAAAUAUGAAAAUUUGACUAAAGGUACAACAGCAGAUUUGUUCAACACUAGAAAACAAGAAACAGAAAAUCAAGAAGCUCCUCAAUUUUCGACCUUUAUUUCUGGAUCGGAAUCACCCUUUUGA